AUGGGUCAAAAAGGGAUUGAUAUGGAAUUCUCCAUAUGGCAUUCUCUUAAGAAGGCAGUUGUCAAACAAUAUGCGUCUUUGCUUCAUCCCAACAUUAACAAGCUUGUUGGUGCAAAGACGGCUUCCAAGCUUAUUAGAGCACAUAGGGCGUUUACAAAUGAGGGGCCUUUAUGGAAAGUUUUUGAUUUCUUGGAUACGAGAAUUCAGGGGGAACAAGCUGAUUUGUGUAGAACCCUCCGGCCUCUGUGGUCUGGGCUCGGGCAUUCGGUUCGUCUGUUCAUUUACAACAAACAAACAAACAAGGAAGGGCAAAGACAAGGUGGGCAGUUUUGGAAUUUGACAACAAUAACAUUAAACUCCACCUUAAACCCUACUGGUAUCAUCUCCAACAUAACAAACCCACUUGAAGUAGCCCAGAAGAAGUUUCUAGUACUCUCUCCCUGUCACUCUCUCUAUAGACUCAGUCGCUGUGGGUGA